AUGGGACAAUCUUCUUCAACGCAACGAAAUCGUCGUCACAGUAACCCUCCAGAACACUUUUUCUCUUUUCACGCGCAUCGAAGUCGGCUCCAUAGGGAUGAAGAUAUGAAUCACGGACACAACUCGGAUCACUCGGGGGAUUUCCAUCCCCCACAAGGAACGGAAACAAACCACGAGACAGGAGCCGUCCGGCCCGAAAUUUUGCAGCCACUGAUGUCUUCACUUGGCGACCAGCAGCAGAUGAGAAACACACAGGAAGAGAGUGGCUCUCAGCUUGAGCAAAACCAACGGGAAAGUCGCUCAGCCAUCUUUGCUCGUAUGGCAGCCAGAAGGCAGUCUACUAUGUCUCGUCUGGGUUCUAGGAUUCUGCCUAAUUCUGUUAUUCGUGGGCUGUUGAGCAGCGAAGAGGAAACACCCGCAGAAGGUCACGCUCACCGUCACGGUAUCGUGUCAAGGCCAGUCCCUAGGACUGAAGCUACACACAGCAGCAGUCGGUUUAGCCCGUUCGGUGGGAUCUCUAGACGACGCUCAGCACGGGGGCCUUAUCACAUCCCCCGCAGCGACUCAUUGCUUGACCCCUCCGGCCCUGGACCGUAUCUCGUUCCGCCAGAGAAUACGUCCGAAACUACAAGGAACUCGUGGCGACGCAGUACCCGACUGAACCGUAUGCGAAAUUCAAUCUCAGGCCCAAUAACACAUAUGUUCGGACAGUCAUCGAGUAUCUCUGGUCAAAACCUGGAUUCUACGCCGCAGUUACCCUUAGGAUCACUUCCCGGUGAAGACCACGAUGGCAUUCUUCCGUACCCCACAGCCAUGGAUAUGCGGAUGGAUUUUGACGAGCCUCACGAACUCGAUUCAGUGGAACCGGCGGUGGGCAGUACCCGUCCAAUUUCUCCCAUGUCGCAGUCAGCGCAGGGUUCUCCCGGCUUACGACAGUUUCCGGGUUUGUUGCGAGCGAGGUCAUCACGCGUGCUGCGUCGGGAGGAGCAAACGCCUUUGUCUCGUGUACUUCAGCUGGCCGCUGCCGCAAUUGCUGCCCAACUCUCUGGCACAACUGGGCCUGUCAUGCCUAACAUUCAAGCUCUUGGAAACGAUGGUCUUGACGGGUCACUUGAAAACUUUAUACAAAGCUUGCAGCAUGCAACCUCCGCACAGCAACCCACCCCAACUGAGACACCUGGCCCAGCAGGGGAUGGUGCUCCCCAGACUCCAGUCAACUUUCUGAGGGUGUUCCGAUUUGCCAACUCGGAUAAUGCUCGGCCCAGCGGAAAUACAGAACGCCCCGAUGCGGAUAGUGAUAAUGCAGGAAAUACCGGUUCCCGAAUGGAUGUUGACCCCCCUACCGAUGGUCCGGAAGGGCGUACAGUCACUUUGGUGGUGGUCGGUGUCCGCUCGGUCCCAUCAGGCAAUGGCCCUACCGGUGAACCGCAAGGCAAUCCCGCUCCUGGACUAGACGCACUACUUCGCCUGCCAUUUUUGACACCUGGAAAUAUGACACGGAGCCAGGAUGGCAACGCGGCCCCAUCAGCACGUGGUCAAGACCGACCAAGAAUAUCGCGGGCUCGCGAACUACAACGGCUUGACGAACUGUCCCGCGGUAAUGGUACACAUACCGGGGGUGAACCAGCUUCUCAUGGCCAUCUACAUCCCUCGCGGCGGUUCUCUGAUACGGCCGGCCGCGCUCCCCUCUCAUCCGUCCCUGCUAUUUUGUCGGAGAGUCCUCCGGGGCCCAAUCCACCCCCGUCAACGCCAGCCGAACCUGGGCUAUCAGCCGUGUCAUCUGGCGCCUCUACCCCAAGUCGAAGGCCGUCUGCCGCGUCUGCGAUGUCUCCUAACAUCUUGCCUCAACUUGAUGAGACUCGGACAUUACAGCCCACAGCUGAGUCGGUCGCAGACGGCAUCCCGCCAACUGCAACACGCCAGCGACGUCGUAGUGACUCGGAGUACGCGCGUCAUCGUGACCUAGGAUCUGGUGCGGUCAGACGCAACGGCGUGGUAGAACCUGACAAUGGCACACCACCUACGGGCAGAAGCUGGCUGAUCUAUGUUGUUGGAACAAAUUUGUCGGAAAACCAUCCUGCUUUUGCUACGCCGAGUCUCUUCACUGAUAACCCAACAUACGAAGACAUGAUUUUGCUUUCGUCUCUUCUCGGCCCGGUCAAACCACCCGUAGCUACUCAAGAAGAUCUUACCUCGGCUGGCGGUAUGUUCCGUCUGGUCGAGUACGGAGGCACCCUCGUCGCGGAGGCUUUGGAAGGUACCGGUAGCAUCCAUCUACCUGAGGGUGAACGUUGCUUGAUCUGCCUAAGCGACUACGAGGUGGCCGAUGAGCUUCGACAACUGAACAAAUGCGAGCAUCUGUUCCAUCGGGAUUGCAUAGAUCAGUGGUUGACAACCGGCCGUAACUCCUGUCCUUUGUGCCGCGGUCAGGGUGUGGCUGAAACGUCCAGCAAUGGGUCGACUACCGAAGCGCCAAAUGCAGCGGCAGCGUGA